AAAAUAAAAUGCAGCCCAUGGUCAUGUGUGUGAAAAGUAAACCCAAACAAAUCCUAAUAUCUCCAUCUCCCUUGCCUUGACGGGUUGAGAAAACCUGAUCAUCUCUCUCUCUCUCUGCGGUGCGGUGGUAGCGAAUCGGAGGUUAUCGAAGCCAGAUCGGAGGUUAUCAAAGCCAGAUCGGAGGUUACCAAAGCCAGAUCGGAGAUUAAGAAGAUCAGAUCAGAUCAGCGUAGAAAAGUAUGGGAAACAACGAUGAGAACCAACAACACAAUAUUACAACAACAGUGAAAGAGGAGGAGGAGGAGGAGGCUCCAGCAGUAUACAACGAUGAGAACCAACAACACAAUAUUACAAUAGUGCAAGAGGAGGAGCAGGCUCCAGCAGUAUACAAAUACCCAAGGAUGACCAAAACUGUAGGCGAUUUCACGCUUUAUGUCAAUGAUGGAGAAUUUACAAAAUCUGAAAUUAUUGUCAUUCAGGGUCUCAAGGGGACAGGAAAGACCACACUUAUUAGGAUGCUGGCUGGUGAAUUGAAGCCUGACUUUGUAGAUGGCAAAAUGCCUCAAUUCAAUGUUUCAUACAUGCCUCAGAACAACAUUAACCCUUUGCCUCCUUCAGCUAUUGUCAGAGACUUGUUUCAUGAUAUUGUUGAUCCCCACUUUGAAUCACAUGUUAUGCAGCCACUUCUUAUCCCUCACUUCAUGGACCAACAAGUUGCCAAUCUUUCUCCUCAACAGUUGCAUAGACUUGAGAUAUGUCUCUGUCUCUUUAAGCCUGCAGAUAUCUAUCUCAUAGAUGAGCCAAGUCAAUAUCUUCCUCAUUUUAAUGACUUUGAUGAUGUUGCCGAUGUCAUUAAGAGCUUUUUUCUUCAUACAAAGAAAGCCGCUGUUGUGGCUGAGUCCUCUGCCUACAUGGCAUUUCUCCUUCAUGACAACAGAGUUAUUCUUUGUGAUGGUAAACCCUCAAUUUGCUGUGUUGCAACUAGUCCACAUGAAAUGUUCUUCAAUCUUGUUGGGAUACUGGCAUCAGAUUUAGAAGCGAUCGAAGCUGAUCCAUCAAGGAACAAACCUGAUAAAUUCGGGCUGGUUAUUACUCGCAUUCCAGAUUUCGUAUCAAAUCUAGUCACUGAAAGUGCAUCAGUUUUACAGACUUAGCUUGGAAAUAUCGUAGUUAAAUUUAAUAUUGCUGGGCUGCAUUUGUUUUACAGACUUCUUUUAUUUUCCUGCUAUUGCUGCAUCAACUCCCAAUAGACAAGUUGUGGUUUGUAAUGUCUUCCUUUCUAUUUUGCUUUCCUGGAAAUGUUGAGCCCAUUUCGUUGCUUCAAAAA